UUGGACUAUUUAUGCCCUCUGAUGUUAUUUUAUGUCACAGGUUUCGAGAUCUAUUGGCGAUGUAUAUUUAAAAAAGGCUGAAUUCAAUAGGGAGCCAUUAUAUGCCAAGUUUCGGUUACGUGAACCUUUUAGAAGGCCUAUAUUGAGCUCCGAUCCAUCAAUUUCCACACACCAGCUGCAGCCACACGAUCAGUUCAUUAUAUUUGCAUCAGACGGUCUAUGGGAGCACCUCAGCAACCAGGAAGCAGUUGAUAUAGUUCAAAAUCAUCUUCGCAGUGGAAGUGCUCGGAGGUUAGUGAAAGCUGCACUGCAAGAGGCAGCAAAGAAGAGAGAAAUGAGGUAUUCGGACUUGAAGAAGAUAGAUCGGGGGGUACGUCGCCAUUUCCAUGAUGACAUCACAGUGAUUGUCGUGUUUCUCGAUUCAAAUCUCGUGAGCAGGGCCAACUCAGUCAGGAGUCCCAACCUGUCUGUGAAAGGGGGCGGAGUUAACUUGCCUUCCAACACGCUUGCCCCUUGUGCCACGCCCACCUAGGCCAGCUCUAUCCGAGGAAGAUGUUUUUAUAUGUACUAUAUGUUCUCUUGUGUGAAUACCAGGUAGCUUCUUCAGGGCAUGAAGACGAUUAUGAUGUCAAUUCUUUAGAGUACAAUGUAAUCUUUAUCUGAGAACGAAAGGACUUGGGUUUAGUUUCUAAAA